GGAGGCGCGCGGCCCCCCGCUCCCUCCCUCCCCCCCUGACCCCCGACCCCCGCCGGCCGGCCCCCCGCCCCAGCCCCGGAGGGAGCUCAUGGGAGUAUGAAGGAGAUGGUAGGAGGCUGCUGCGUAUGUUCGGACGAGAGGGGCUGGGCCGAGAACCCGCUGGUCUACUGUGAUGGGCACGCGUGCAGCGUGGCUGUCCACCAAGCUUGCUAUGGCAUCGUCCAGGUGCCAACGGGACCCUGGUUCUGCCGGAAAUGUGAAUCUCAGGAGCGAGCAGCCAGGGUGAGGUGUGAGCUGUGCCCACACAAAGACGGGGCAUUGAAGAGGACUGAUAAUGGAGGCUGGGCCCACGUGGUAUGUGCCCUCUACAUCCCGGAGGUGCAGUUUGCCAACGUGCUCACCAUGGAGCCCAUCGUGCUGCAGUACGUGCCUCACGAUCGCUUCAACAAGACCUGCUACAUCUGCGAGGAGCAGGGCCGGGAGAGCAAGGCAGCCUCAGGAGCCUGUAUGACCUGUAACCGCCAUGGAUGUCGGCAAGCUUUCCACGUCACCUGUGCCCAAAUGGCAGGCCUGCUGUGCGAGGAGGAAGUGCUGGAGGUAGACAACGUCAAGUACUGCGGCUACUGCAAAUACCACUUCAGCAAAAUGAAGACAUCCCGGCAUGCCAGCGGGGGUGGCGGAGGAGCAGGAGGCAGUGGUACAGGGGCAGGUGGCAGCGGCUUUAUUGCUGGCCGGAGAAGCCGAUCAGCCUCUCCGUCCACCCAGCAGGAGAAGCACCCUUCCCACCACGAAAGGGGCCAGAAGAAGAGUCGAAAGGACAAAGAACGCCUUAAACAGAAGCACAAGAAGCGGCCUGAGUCACCCCCCAGCAUCCUCACCCCGCCUGUGGUCCCCACUGCUGACAAGGUCCCCUCCUCAGCCUCCUCCUCCUCCCACCAUGAGGCCAGCACUCAGGAGACCUCUGAGAGCAGCAGGGACUCGAAGGGGAAAAAGUCUUCCAGCCAUAGCCUGAGUCACAAGGGGAAGAAACUGAGCAGUGGGAAAGGUGUGAGCAGUUUCACCUCCGCCUCUUCCUCCUCCUCCUCUUCCUCCUCCUCUUCCUCCUCCUCUGGGGGGCCCUUCCAGCCUGCAGUCUCGUCCCUGCAGAGCUCUCCCGACUUUUCGGCAUUCCCCAAGUUGGAGCAGCCAGAGGAGGACAAGUACUCCAAGCCCGCAGCCCCCACCCCUUCGGCUCCCCCCUCUCCCUCGGCCCCCGAGCCCCCCAAGGCUGAUCUCUUUGAGCAGAAGGUGGUCUUCUCUGGCUUUGGGCCCAUCAUGCGCUUCUCCACCACCACCUCCAGCUCGGGCCGGGCCCGGGCCCCGUCCCCUGGAGACUAUAAGUCUCCCCACGUGUCGGGGUCCGGGGCCUCAGCAGGCACCCACAAGCGGAUGCCCACACUGAGUGCUGCCCCUGCGCCUGCUGAGGAGACCCCCGAGACAGGCCUGAAGGAGAAGAAGCACAAAGCUAGCAAGAGGAGCCGACAUGGACCAGGACGUCCCAAGGGCAGCCGGAACAAGGAGGGGGCUGGGGGUCCAGCUGCUCCCUCGCUGCCCAGUGCCCAGCUGGCUGGCUUUACUGCCACUGCUGCUUCACCCUUCUCCGGAGGUUCCCUGGUCAGCUCUGGCCUGGGUGGUCUGGCUUCCCGCACCUUUGGGCCUUCAGGGAGCCUUCCCAGCCUGAGCCUGGAGUCUCCCCUACUAGGGGCAGGCAUCUACACCAGUAAUAAGGACCCCAUCUCCCACGGCGGCAGUGGUGGAAUGCUGCGAGCUGUCUGCAGCACCCCCCUCUCCUCCAGCCUGCUGGGGCCCCCAGGGACCUCGGCCCUGCCCCGCCUCAGCCGCUCCCCAUUCACCAGCACCCUCCCCUCCUCCUCUGCUUCUAUCUCCACCACUCAGGUGUUUUCUCUGGCUGGCUCUACCUUUAGCCUUCCUUCUACCCACAUCUUUGGAACCCCCAUGGGUGCCGUUAACCCCCUCCUCACCCAGGCCGAGAGCAGCCACACAGAGCCAGACCUGGAGGACUGCAGCUUCCGGUGUCGGGGGACCUCCCCCCAGGAGAGUCUGUCUUCCAUGUCCCCCAUCAGCAGCCUCCCCGCACUCUUUGACCAGACAGCGUCUGCAUCCUGCGGGGGCAGCCAAUUAGACCCAGCAGCCCCCGGAACAACUAACAUGGAGCAGCUGUUGGAGAAGCAGGGCGACGGCGAGGCCGGUGUCAACAUCGUGGAGAUGCUGAAGGCACUGCACGCGCUGCAGAAGGAAAACCAGCGGCUUCAGGAACAGAUUCUGAGCCUGACGGCCAAGAAGGAGCGGCUGCAGAUUCUCAACGUGCAGCUCUCUGUGCCCUUCCCCGCCCUGCCUGCCGCCCUGCCUGCCGCCAACGGCCCAGUCCCUGGGCCCUAUGGCCUGCCUCCCCAAGCCGGCAGCAGCGAUUCCUUAAGCACCAGCAAGAGCCCCCCGGGGAAGAACAGCCUUGGCCUGGACAACUCUCUGUCCACGUCUUCCGAGGACCCACACUCAGGCUGCCCCAGCCGCAGCAGCUCGUCGCUGUCCUUCCACAGCACGCCCCCACCGCUGCCCCUGCUCCAGCAGAGCCCUGCUACUCUGCCCCUGGCCCUGCCCGGGGCCCCUGCCCCGCUCCCGCCCCAGCCGCAGAACGGGCUGGGUCGGGCACCGGGGGCAGCGGGACUGGGGGCCAUGCCCAUGGCUGAGGGGCUGUUGGGGGGGCUGGCGGGCAGCGGGGCCCUGCCCCUCAAUGGGCUCCUGGGGGGGUUGAAUGGGGCUGCCGCCCCCAACCCUGCGGGCUUGAGCCAGGCUGGCGGGGCCCCCACGCUGCAGCUGCCAGGUUGUCUUAACAGCCUAACCGAGCAGCAGAGACAUCUCCUGCAGCAGCAAGAGCAGCAGCUUCAGCAGCUCCAACAGCUCCUGGCCUCCCCACAGCUGACCCCGGAACACCAGACUGUUGUCUACCAGAUGAUCCAGCAGAUCCAGCAGAAGCGGGAGCUGCAGCGGCUGCAGAUGGCCGGGGGCUCCCAGCUGCCCAUGGCCAGCCUGCUGGCAGGAAGCUCCACCCCGUUGCUGUCCGCGGGCACCCCUGGCCUGCUGCCCACGGCGUCUGCCCCACCUCUGCUGCCCGCCGGAGCCCUGGUGGCUCCCUCGCUUGGCAACAACACGAGUCUCAUGGCUGCAGCAGCUGCGGCCGCAGCAGUAGCAGCAGCGGGCGGACCUCCAGUCCUCACUGCCCAGACCAACCCCUUCCUCAGCCUGUCGGGGGCGGACGGCAGUGGUCCCAAAGGAGGGACCGCUGACAAAGGAACCUCAGCCAACCAGGAAAAAGGCUAAAUCCACCCAGCCCCUCCUGACCCCCAGAUGGAGGGGGCAGAUCUUGGCCUGAGGGGUCCUAGCCUGGAGCAGGCACCUGCACCCAGACACUGGAGAGCCUCAGCCCAGAUCAUGUGCCGAGGCCUGGGGAGUGUGGGGUGCUCCUGGUGCCGAGGACUGAGACGGAGAGGGAUGCCCCUUCCAUUGGCCCCCUCUCCCUCUGCACUGACCCCUUUGUGAGGGGCUCAGAGGGAGGACAGGCUCCAAGCCCACCUAGGAGCCCCCACUCUCAGCAAAUGUUUUGAGGUCCUCCAAGAGCAAAGUGGGCCAUGGCAUAAGUGGGGGGUUGGUUGGACCUUCCACAUAAAAUGGAUCAGCACUUGAGUGGGGAGAGGCGGGGAGGGAUAGGCCCUGAGUAGUCCUGCUUUACCUGCAGUUUCUUCCCAGCUUGGGCAGGUGGCAGAAGAGAUCCCUUGGACUGUGUCUCACCGGUCCCUUGCCCCUGCGCCCCAACAAGGGUUACAAGCUGAGCUUGUAAAAGCCCACAGACUAGGGAGCUGAGGAAGGGGCAGGAUGGCAUCAAACUCAGCCCAGGCCUCCCCACCUCUCUGGAGCCCCCAGUGACGGGCUGGGGAAGGGCAGGGGAGGAGGCCCAGCCCCCUUUAGUGCCCUGUCCCUUGUUUGCACUAUUGGAUUUAGGAGUGCGGAGGGUGGGAAGAUGGAGCUGCCUGACUCAGAGAGCGUGUGCCUGUGAGCCUGUGCAUGUGUGUCUGCGUGCGUGUGUGUAUGUGUGUGUGUGUGCUCGCGUCUGUCUGUCUGACUCCCCCUGGACCUGGGGCAGCCGAGGGCAGGGAUAGGAGCAGUGCUCAGAUGAGGCGGCACCAGAAGGGGGCUCCCAGCUUCUGUUUGCACCCUCCCCACCUCACCAACUUUGGUCCCUUUCUGGGGCGUGAAUGGUUAACAAAACCAGAACAGUACUCCAAUAUUGGAGAGUAACCGGGGGCUGGGGGCUUUGAAUCAGGGUAAUAUCCUGCCUUCCCUCCCCCAGACCCCACAUGGUCUCAGUGCCCCCUCAAACCUCCCCUCUACCCCCGCCCCCCCACCGCCGCUGAUGGUCUGUCCUGCUUCCCUGGCACGAAGGGAGUCCCAGGGAUGGGGGGAUGGGGCAAAGGGGGGGGGGGUAAAGUGCCACUUCCUUUAGUGAAAACCUCCCUCCCUGAAUUAGCCAGCUUGCUCCCCUGCACCCUACCCCCACCCCUGCCCCCACCAACCAGGGGAGCCUUCAGCUUGAGCUGACCUGACAACUGUCCCUUCACCCACCAGCUAUUCGCCCCCUCAGGGUGUGGGGGCAAUUCUCACCUUAAAGAGCCCCCACCUGCUCAGAGCCUUUGGUGGCAAAGGCUGAGUGAGGGGCCAGUAGGGCAGCCAGGAGAGAAGGGCAAGGGUGAAGCCUGUGUCUGUGUUUCAGUUGCACUGGGGUUGGAGCCAGGAGAAGGCUUUUCCAGCUUUCCCUGAAGCUCAUGUCUCGUCAGUGUUUGCAUGUGUGGAUUUUUUUGUGUGUGUUUCCGUUUGGGUUUUUGUUGUUGUUGGUUUUUUUUUUUUUUUUUAAUAAAGAAAAGAAGAUGUGUAUAUUUUUGGCAACGACAGAAACGUAGUGCAGAUAUAUUUUUGCCUGUGCUGCUCAACUGGUUUUUUUCUGAUACUGAAAAUAAUAUUAAUAUUCCUGUUGAUAAGACUUUGUAAGAUGUUAGGGAGCUGAUAAAGGAGGGGGUGGGUGGGAAUCCUUCAGAGGCAAUUUCUUAGGCACUUGCAAGGGCUUGGGGGGAGGGGGGAAGGCAGUUGUGAUGACCUCAGAAAUACUCACUUUUUAUUAAUGCUAAAUAUCAAUUAGGAAGAAACGAUAGAAUUCAGCAUUUUAUUCAUCUUCAUCUAUUAAGCUCUCUAAUUCCCUGCCCCCGAACCACUGAAAAGAAAAAUAACCUUCAGAGGUUCUUAGAAGAGUUGCCCAUUCACACUCACACCCUUGCCCAAGGCCGGCCCUCUAAGAACUGAAGUCAACUUCUGUUCUGGAUGCUGAGGAAAGUAAACCCGCUCCAAGGCUGCUGGGGCAGAGAGUGAGAGGUCCCUAUGAUUUAGUGCACUGGAACCAAGACCUCCCCGCUCCCUCCCAGCACCCGAGAGUCUGGGGUUCUCAUCUCCAAGAGUCUUUUGUUUUCCAGCUUUCCCCAGGCUGGGGUGCAGCACCAGGUAGGUUAGAUUUGAAGAAGGGACCCAGGCUGGGUAUGGAUUGCUGUUGUCCCUCAGUUUGGGACAGAGGGGCAUGAGAGAGAGAGUACAUUCCCUUCUUCGGAGGGAGCUUUAUAAGAAAGUUCUGGAGAUCUUCAGGGUCCCAAUGCAGGGGGAAUGGCUAUACUGACCUCACCCUCCUUUCCCAGCCUUGGUCCCUUUUUCCAGGACGAAUUUGGAUGGGGAGUGGGAAAAAGACACAGAUUUGUAUAUCUCUACCUAGCAGAGCGAAAGGAUGUGGUUUGCAGGGCGGAAAUGAAGUCUGAAAAUGCAUGAGCAGAGCUUCGUGUGUAAUCACGCUCAGUGUGGAGGUGUGAGGGCUGUGCAUGCAGAACCCCUGUCCAGCUCCGAAGUCACAGUCACGACUGGUGCAUGAAUGUCACAGCUGGAAGGGACCUGUCUUUAGGGGUGGUUUGAGCCAGUUCCUUGCUUCACAGGUGAUAGCUCCAAGCCUAGGAGGGGCAGGGGCUCGGGGCAGAGCCAGGACCAGCCCUCAGGACCCAGGCCUCCUGGUCCUGGGCUCUCUUGCCCCCCACUGCACCACCUCCAUGUGGCUGUCUGUCUGUCCCUGUGUGUGUGAGUGCAGGGCUGUGCCCAGGUGGGAGGGUAUCUAUGUAGCACUGAUUGUCUUAGCUCAGAGCUGAUGGAUCCUUUCCAUAGACAAUGACACUUUAAAGAUUGCUUUUUUUUUUUUUUUUUUAAGUUUUUCCUAUUUGUGUGUGUCUUCCCCUCAGGCUCCUGGGUCUGCUGCUGCCUCCUGGUGCCCUAACCUUGAGGCCGAGAGCACCCCACCCAUUCCUGUACUGAGGGCUAGGGAAGUACUCCUGGGGAAGGCCUAGACAAGUGAGGGGAGCCAGAGCCAGGGGCCAGCUCUGAGAAAGGGUAACCUCCACACUUCCCUUUCCCCCCUGAGCUGGAAAUGCAGACAACUUUUCAGAGGCACGGGCUCCCCUUGGCCAACUUCGAGCAUCUUCCCUGGUGAGCGGUGGGCCAAAGUUAGGAGUAGGCAGCUUGCUCCCAAUUUUCCUCUAUCUCAAUGUAUUUUUCCUGGGGAGAGGUGCCCAGAGGGAUUAAGGUCCCUUCAGUGGGGAAUGUGGAGGGGGCAGGGCACAGUACCCUGGCUCCCUCCAGUCACAUCAAUCUGGAUUCAAAGUGUGUCCAGCUCCCGGCCACUUUGACUUGAUCUACUGAAAAGUUGGGGACUGAGGGGUGCCUUCAUUGUCCUUUGUUCACUUCCUCCAGCCCAACUUGGGACUCAGGUGGCAGGACUGGAGACCCAAACCCUGACUCCCAGCCCCAUUUCCCUCUGUCCAUCCCAGCCUGUCUCAAUGUAGCAGACCCUUCCUAGGGGAGCAGGGAGGGGAAGCCAGAGUUUGCAAACCCAGGGGCUCCUUUUACAUUCUUUCUAGAACCUCCUUUAUAUCCUCAGCCCAAAAGGCAAUGCCCCCUCCUUUCACUUCCGAGCCUGGAAUUGUGCAUAACCCGGAUCUUGUAUCUUUGUAUAACGGAUGUUAUUUGUACGAAGGGCAGUUCGUAAACAGCACUUGUUCUUUUAAUAAAAGAAUGUUUUACAAAAAAAAAAAAAAAAAAUC